AGGGCUGCGCAGUGGAUGCUGAGGGAGAGAGGGAAAAAACAGUGUUGGUUAUCGUUUUGGGUAUUUUACUGAUAUGCUGUGGCCACACUUUUAUAGAUGCAUGCUUCCUCGUCACUUCAAGCCCCUCCAGUGUGCUGUGGUAGCAGACUGAUGGGACCAAUAAGAAGCUUUGACUAUUCUGCAGCAUCUCGAGCGUAGACAAACUGUUGUACCAAAUGCAACGUAUUCUCUGUUCCGUUUCGUCGGCCCUCAUCUUUUGGUGCAGAUAUAUAUUCACCCCUAAUCGCCACUAAUUCUGCAGGAAAGCACCAUGCUGACCAGUAUCACUGAAGGGAUACUAUGCUGCCUGACUGGGAACGCCGCCAGUCUAGUCUUGCCCCUGGAGUCAUCAGAACCCUCUGAUGGUUUUGAAUUUGUGGAGGUGAAACCUGGGAGAGUCCUGCGAGUGCGGCACAUUAUCCCUGAGCGUCAGCCCGUAGUAACAGAACAGCACGUUGCAUGCAAGGAGAAGACGGAUGGAGAUGAGGAUGACGAUGUGGACGGCUCUCCUGAGGAUUACAGCGAGAGCAACACCGGCAGCAGUGUCCACUGCAAGAGGAAGAUCACAGUCUACCGCAACGGCCAGCUGGUGAUUGAGAAUCUGGGGGAUGUUCUGCACUCUGAGAUCUUGCAGUGUCAGGAUGGGGACCUGGAGCCUUGCAGCACUGUAGAGGUGGAGCUGGCUGACUACAAAGAAAUGCCCUCUUCUCCAGACCCCAAUCCUGUGCCUCCUCCAGUUCUUUCACCUCAUGGGGAACAGAAACCUGCUCCACCACCUCGCCGCCGCCGUCGCAAGCCCAAGCGCACGGUGCAAAUCGACUCAAAGAGGGUGAUCUCUAGCUGCAAAGGGACACACUCGGACGUAGCGCUGUUCUUCGUGCAUGGUGUGGGAGGUUCUCUGGACAUUUGGGGCAGCCAACUUGACUUCUUCUCUCGGCUGGGCUACGAGGUCAUUGCACCCGACCUGGCGGGACAUGGAGCCAGUAUUGCCCCACAGAUUGCGGCAGCGUAUACUUUUUAUGCCCUUGCAGAGGACCUUCGUGCCAUCUUUAAGCGAUAUGCUCGUAAACGCAACAUACUCAUCGGCCACUCAUAUGGAGUGUCAUUUUGCACCUUCCUGGCCCAUGAAUAUCCUGAUCUGGUUCAUAAGGUGGUGAUGAUCAAUGGAGGGGGUCCCACAGCUCUGGAGCCCAGCCUAUGCUCCAUCUUCCAGCUGCCAUCUUGUGUCCUGCACUGUCUGUCACCCUGUCUGGCCUGGAGCUUCCUCAAAGCCGGAUUUGCCCAUCAGGGUGCCAAAGAAAAGCAGCUGUUGAAGCAUGGCAAUGCCUUCAACGUGUCUCCGUUUGUCCUGCGAGCCAUGAUGAGUGGCCAGUACUGGCCAGAGGGGGAUGAGGUCUACCAUGCCGAGCUCACUGUGCCCAUCCUUCUGGUUCAUGGCAUGUGUGACAAGUUUGUGCCAAUGGAUGAGGACCAGCGCAUGGCAGAGAUCCUCUUGUUUGCGUUCCUAAAAGUCAUUGAGGAGGGAAGUCACAUGGUCAUGAUGGAGUGCCCUGACACCGUCAACACCCUCCUCCACGAGUUCUUUCUAUGGGAACCUGACAUGUCUAGAAAAGACAGCAGCAAGACAGACACAGCUCCCAGUGAUACUCUCCACACACUGAAGAUCAAUAAGUCUAUGGACAAAUAACCAACGAGAAGUCUAGUUUUAUUAGGGACCCAAGCAGAAGGCCUUUUGUGGCAUGCGUUCUAAAGGCUGCUCCCAGGCUGAGAGCUGUUAAAAACAGGGCCACGUCUUGAAGAUGCAGACGGCCACUGGUGCACCAAAAUAAAGCAGGACCAGAGAACAAUGGAAAGAACGUAAAGAUGAGAGUAAUGAAUGCAAAUACACAGUCAGUUUCAGCUUUGCUUUUUGAUACCAGUUUGUGUCCCAUUGCAUUGUGUUUGCAAAACAACACAAUACCUGGAGGACUACGUCCAUUCGUGAAUUGUGUAUGAAAUGUAUCCGGCGAUGAACUGACUACUACAAGACGCAAAAAGUAUGAAAUCUAUGAAAUGGUGUGUGAUUUCCCUCACCUUAAAUAUUCUGUCAAGUACUGCAGAGCUUUUUUUUCUGCCGUUAUAAAAUGGUUAUUAAAUUAUUGUUGGGCACUUCCUACAUCUGCUUUAAGUGGGAAACUGUCAAAAUGAUAUGUAGGGAAUUGAGGACUCAUUGGUCUGAAUUGCCAGGAUGAUGAUGAAGGACAGCUUAUGAUAAAACUGUGUUGAUAAUAAUAGUUUAUUAUCAAACACUGACUGGAUAGUAGUUGGGCAUGGGUUAAAUACAUUAAAUAUAUACCAAUGUACGUGCAAAAUGUAAUUAAUAAUUGCACCAAAUGCAUAUGUGAAUUACAUUCUGACAGAAGGAGAAACACAACAAUUCGUUGUUGACUUAGUAACCACGUCCAUACAAUGUGCCGUGUACACCAUCUCAAACAAUCACAGCUAUUGUCAAUCAAAAUGGCUCAUCAAAUUCCAAAUUACAACAAUAUACAGUACUUAACACAGGAACUCUAAAACAAAACAUAAAUCCCAAAGGCUAUGUGCGUCUAUGUUAAGCACAAUGUAACCAAAUCAUCAAUUCAUAGUUGCAUGAAAAUUAAGUAAUAUUCAAUGAGAGAGUUAUGGGAACUAGUAGCGAAACAGAUGUUAACAAACAUGGAUGCCAAAAAAACUCUCCUGCUUCAUUCUAGCAGCUAUAUAUCUGCUAUAGUAAAUGAAAUGCUAAGGAUACAAAAAACCGAGGCCUUGCAGAAUUUUAAAAGGUAUGAGGGUUGUGUCGGACAGUUGCAAUAUAUUUUGAAGAUUGAAUUAAAUUCCCUGUGCACUUCUCUCUAAUCAAUUUCAUUUUAAUAAUAAAGUAUUGUUAUUUUUUAUUUUGAAACAAACUGCCAUAACAAAUUGUGGUUGUAUUGACCACUUUAAGCUGCUGGGUGUCUUCCCUAAAUCCAUUCUAUUUAUCUUAUAGUGUUAAACAGAAUGAAUGAGCUGAACAUUAUGCUCUCUGAAAGAAAUUCAUUCAUGGGUGCUGCUUCGUCUCAUGGUGUGACAGUAAGGUGCGAGUAAAAGCACAGUCUGAUAAUAUGCUCCCUUACAGUGUGUAUAUGUUGACUGGAUAGUUUAGACUGUUUUGAAAGGCACAUUGUGUAUUUUGGUGGAUUUUAGACUGGGUUUCCAAAGCUUAAAAUCAAAUAUGGUUCAGCUAAAGGAGAAACCCCCCUUAGAAGAGAGACAUUUGACCUGAACAUGCUGGUCUGUUAUGCAUUAUGUAUAUGCAUUUUGACAGGAUGCUGAUGCAACAUGACUGGUCUUAUGCAACUGGAACGACAUAGUGUGAAAUGGCAAUGACAUCCAAAAAAUAUACAGUAUAUUCUCUAUGGACUUUCCAAAAACCAAAAAGUGCUGCUGAAUAUGUCUCCUUCGGUGUGAAAGGUCAGUGAAACUGUACGAACUACCUGGUGCACAUGUACUUCCUCUUAUGCUAAAAGUGUGCAUAUACAAAAUGUCAGUAACAAAAUGUGUUAAUGUUAUUAUUGCAUUUAUUCGUGGGAAUCAUAAUAUAUGCACUGCCUGGAUGUAGAUGCAUAUAACAUUAUAUAGCCUAUCAAAACAGUCGGAUUCAGUGUAUUAAUGUGCCUUUCCUGGCAUAAAUAAAACCAAUGUUCACA